AUGCCGAUGAGCUCCGGCAACAGGAACCGGGAGCAGAAAGCGCAAAACCUGGAGAUGGCCUCCGGGUUCCAGAUGGAGAGGUUGAGGCCGGCCGGGGCUGGGGCGCGGCCGAAGAGCAAAGGCCCGCGAUGCCCGCGGCCGGCAGAGGGCUCUCCGCGCCGGUCUUCGCGGGAGCAAGCGCUGGCAGCGGCUCGGACGGGCAGCCCCAAAGAGGGAGCGCCGGGUCCCGGGGGCCAACCAGGCCGCCCCGCCCGGAUCUCUUCCCGCUGGUGCCGCUGGCUGGAGCGGGCUCAGCGGCCGGGGGCGGUGCCGCCGAGGGGCGGGCGGAAGGCGGGCCGGGGCGUGGCGCCGUCCGCUCGACUCCGGGAGGCGUUGCGGGCGGGCGCUGGCCGCGUCCGCUUGCCGGGAGCCGCGGGGCGCGCAGCCUUCCUGAUGUGUCACCAGCACGUGGAGCCAGCUCGGGCCGCGAGAGCGAGUGGAUACCCCACCCCUCAACUUUCGAGGGGUCUCGCCUUCCCGCUUGUCUCGCCGCUGCUCCGGGCUCGCCCUCCUAAGGGGAAGGGGUCGGCGACGGCCCCCAGGUCCCCGGCAGGUUCAGCGAGGACACGGUCCCCAGCCAGGCGCGCGCAGGGCGUCCGGAACGUCGGGGCGCAGGGCCCGCCGCGGACUGGUGUCCGGCCCCAGCUCGCAGCUGUUGCUCCCCGACCCAUGGCGGCGGCGCGGGGUCCACCGUGCGAGGGGCGCGGCCAGUGGCUCUGGCGCGGGACCCGCUGCUGUGCCCCGGCCCGGCGCCACGCAGAGUUGAGCGCAGGUAACCGAGACGGCGCGCGGAGCUGGGCCUCGCGUACGCGGCGUGGGAUCAUGGCGAAGUUUCAAGGCGUGAAACUCUGGGGUUCGGCUUGGAGUGGGGGUGGGGGGAGGUUAGGUCCCUGCACCUCCCCCACCCCCAGCAAUGCCCCUCGGCCUCGCCUGGGGCGGGCCCGGGGUGGCCUGGAAGCCGCCGGGCGCGCCAAGCUUCGUGUAACCCUUUGUGGGCUGGAUUCUGAGUCCGUGGCUGGAGAUCGGGCGGGGCGAGUGGCUUCUCCGGUGCGCGCCGCUUGGGGGAAAGCCUCGGCGGGGCAGAGCGCUGUGCGAAGGGCGGGCGGCUGGACCCAGCUGGAGAAAGCCCGUCGCGGGGUGGCCCGCACCCGAACUCUGAGGAUGGGAGCUGAGGGCUGGGUCUUUGCGGGCGAGAUGAGGGUGUCGGUUCAACUGGCCUACAAAGUCCCAGUCCUCGGCCCCCAGGACCGGCGGUGCCUCGGCGCUCCUCGCCCCAGGCCGGCUUCCUCCCGAGCCCACCAGCGCCGACGCGGGGGCUUGGACUCUGGCGGGGCCGCCACCCCCCGGGUCCACACUGGAGAGAGGGGUGGCAAAGCGCGCUCGCUGCGGGCUCUGUGCGGUGAUUCAGGGGUCUCCCCGCACUCAGCGGAGAAAUGGCAACGCGCUCGAAAAUGUUUGAAAGAUUAUAUCUACCAAACAGACUGCAUUCAUCAAGCCAGAAUCCACUUCCACUUCCAAAUGUAUUCCUCAAACACGUGA